GUUUGACAGCCAUUACAAAAGAUCUGCGCACAUGGUAGCGGAACACCAGAACAGGAAAGCUAUAAAAUGCUUGCACUGCCCUAAAACGUUCGUGUUUAGGAGCAUGAUGAUGACACACUUGAGAGACGCGCAUUUGAAGGAUUAAAGGAAAGAAGAUGGAAAAUAGACCACGAUACUGGCGCGGCAACUGAUACAUGGAAGGCUGUAACUGGAAAAGAGAAACUUACUAUAAUGAGAAAGAAUGUAAUAGAGGUGGUAACUAAUACCACAAUAAUGCCAUUCAGAUGGCUCAAGAGCUCCUAUAGAUGUUUCUAUUGCUACGACGUGUUCCAAGAGCCGAAAGAUUUGAAAUCGCACAGUGAAAUUCACAAACAAGCCGAGGAAAUUGAAAAAGUCAUGAACAACUUCUGGGAAUCGUCAGUAUACGUUGAUGUUUCAAAUAUGAAGUGCCGAAUAUGUAGCGAAGUUAAAGAGGACUUUCACGAAAUGAUAGAUCAUUUGAUAGGGAGUCAUAACGUUCCGUUUAACAAAGAAAACGGAUUGUGUAUGAGUCCGUUCAAACUGCUUAAUAUAUCAGUUGAAUGCGUGGGUUGCGAGAAACAUUAUAGGACAUUUGGGCAUUUAUUAGUUCAUUCCAACAGACAUCACAAAGGUUGUUCACAAUUGCUUUGCGAAAUAUGCGGUCAGCAUUUUAGAUAUCCGCAAAAUCUUAGAGAUCACGUCAAGAAGCAACAUUCGAAAGCGACCGUUAUUUGCAAUCUCUGCGGAGAAACGUUGACGAACAUGAACAGAAUGAGAACGCACAUGCAGAACUACCACAAUAAGAGAUAUAAAUGUUUCAAAUGCCCUAUUCUGUUCGAAACUCAUUACAGAAGGUCGCGGCAUAUGAUUGAUGAGCACAAAACUAGAGAUGAGGUUAAAUGCCAGCAUUGUAGUAAGACGUUCGUGUUUAGGAGUGCCAUGAUGAGGCACGUUAGAGAAACGCAUAUGCAAGAGAAGAAUGCCGUUUGCGGUAUCUGUGGUUGGAGAGCAUUUAGUGAGUGUAGGUUACAGAAACACAUGACCAAGCAUAGCAACGAGAGAAACUUUAAAUGCCCUUUGUGCGACAAGGCGUUCAAGACGAAGAAGACGAUGAUGCAGCAUUAUAAUAAUAUUCAUCAGAAAAUGUCGAGGCCCCCGACGGUUUGCCCAAUCCGUUGAAUAUAGCCGGAUAGUGAGUGCCAUUAGAUUUUUUAAAAGUAGGUAGGUAUAAUCAGAAUAGAAGCCGUGUGGUCCAACAGGAUUAUGAAUGAAACCAACCUCCGUACAUUGCACGCUCGACGUCCCGUUUCACGUCAUAAUAAAAAGAGAAACAGUGAUUAUUUUUUAUGACGCGCGAUAAAUACGGCAUCGCGCGUCCCAGGCUAUUGGGACAACAGUCGAUUAAUCCACGAAACCUCAUCUGAACGAGUCAACAUAUUAUUGAACCCAUAACAAUUUCUUAAAUGUCAAGUUGAGUAGAAUGAAAUGCUUUUGCACACCUCUUAUUGGAGUUGGGCUAAUAUACUUUGUUUUUGUAUGUAUGUAUCUGAGUAUUUAUACGUUUGUUCCGUGACUAACUCUCAAGCACAUAGUUUUUAUUAAUUUAAUUUGGCAGGUACUUAGGAAAUGUAUACAUUAUUCAAUAUAUUUAGUGAAAUUGUUAAAUAUAACUUACUAUUGACCAGAACAAUGUUUUAUUACCACACUGUAAAUACAGCUAAUCCUUACUUUAGGUAAUACGUACCUAGUUGUUACAUAAAAAUACGCUUUGCCAAUAAAAUCUUGCAAUCCAAGAAAUCAGU